ACAACAAUGAGUUGUACGGAAGCUUUUGAUCAAUUAGUUGCAUGUUAUUCACUUGGGGGUCAAAUAAGACAUUAUUACAGAUAUGGAGAGAUGAAUGACUGUGUCAGUCAAUUUUCUAAGUUUAAAUUCUGUCUCACCAAUAGUGAUCCGGUUAAAAUUCAACAAUUUUACAAGGAAACUUUAGAUAAAAAGAAAGAUACAGGAAGUAGUGAAGAUGUAUGGGAACUAAGAAAUUGA